CCCUCUAUAACUGUUGAUGGGCUUAUGAAUACUCAAAGGGGAAAUAUGAAGCAUCGAGUUGUCUACGCGAGCCUACCUCGGACUAUCUCCCUUACAGCUGAGAUAGUACUUGUCUUGAUCACUAUGUUACUGAUGUGUCUUGCAUACCUAGAGAAGCUCAGAAAAGCGUCGUCGUGGGAAGUCGGCGGUCAAAACAGUUGGAAUUCCAGAUCUCAACAACAGAGACUAAGCGAAUCUAAUCUGGCGAUUUCUGUGCUUGCUACGGUUACAUGUAUGGCCCGGCUUAUGUUGGCCUAUUUCAACACUGUCACUGCCUACUCGUGUCUGUUUGACACUCUGGAUGAUAUAAUGUUGUCGGGUUUCUGGAUUUACAGUGUUGCCGCACAAUGCUCCAACGAUCUCACACGCCCAGAUCAUCUCAUAGUAACACCCUGGCAUAUAGAGAGCUGUGGUACAUUGAAUUCGAUGAUAGUUGGAGAUUGCCUACUUCCUAGGACCUGCUUCCUCUUCUCGGUUCUGUCGCUGUGAGUUCGUUACCAAAUAUUUUCCGACGAAUGCUAAACCAAACUGAACGUUACAAUACCCUAGGUCAUUCUUCUUUGUACGGUCUGUUUUUUCUAUCCUUCGUCUAGCCUAUUAUUGGGGACACUUUGAAAUAGUUUGCGACGCGGAAACAAAAUACGUACCAGUCUAGGGAAAAAGGAAAGUUGAACUAGGAAUUGGUCAUACGAGAAUAGAAUGGUAGGAUUCAUAAAGUAGGACAACAUAGCAGAAUGUUUCAUAAUAUCAACGAAAUACUAAUAGGAGUAUUACUGGAGGUUUACGGCGUUGCUUAGAACUCUGGCGUUCCCUGCCCAUGAACUGUUAGAGCAAUUCAGGACAUUAUAAAUUUCUUUUCCCGUAAAUCAGUAAAUGAACACGAUCGUUACGUUUAGUUACCCAAUGAACGUCCCUCUAUAACAUCAAAGUAAAUCCUGUGUCUAUCUGCCAAGCAAAACACCAAGCUUUGCCCGGUCGUGUCAAACUGCUCACGAGCAAGUUAUUAAUCUUGCAGCUGAGCAUGUACCUUUACC